AAGUCGGGAAUUCAUUCCACGGUUAUUGGGACCCCCUCAGUCACACAUUGCCCUGCUCGGGUCCAGCAUGGCGAUUCUUCCUCGCUAGUAUUCCAGAAAGCCCAGCUAAUUUUCUACCGGAACCAUGGACCCAAGGGAAACGAAAUCUGAAAGGGCUUCCUCGAAUAAUUCUUUCAACCGGCUUCUAUCUCCCUCUCUUUCAUGGGGAAGGUUAGUGGCAGGGUUUUGAGAACGACAUCGAACCAGAUUUCCUUAGCGGAGGAGAAGAGAGGCAGAUUCAGAUCCUAUAGAAGUGACGGAAAGACCAUGGGUUGUUGCUUGAGUUUGAGUAGAUAACUCUUCGAUAAUAAAGGUACAUUCAAAGAUCGAAGAAUUCUUAGAAGCGCAUGGGUUUUUCAAUGAUAUGGUAUAAAAGAGAACCAUGGGACAUGAAAUUGAGAAGGCGUUUCCUGCCGAUCCAAAGCACUACCAAUUGUAUGAGGAAGUGGGUGAAGGUGUUAGCGCAACAGUGUACAGGGCAUUAUGCAUUCCUCUGAAUGAGGUGGUUGCUAUCAAGGUUUUGGAUCUUGAGAGGUGCAAUAAUGAUCUGGAUGGUAUCAGACGUGAAGUGCAAACCAUGAGGCUAAUUGAUCAUCCAAAUGUAGUGAAGGCAUAUUGCUCUUUUCCAGCUGGUCACCAACUCUGGGUUGUGAUGCCUUACAUGGCUGGUGGUUCUUGCCUUCAUAUAAUGAAAUUUGCUCACCCUGAGGGCUUUGAGGAACCUGUUAUUGCUACUCUUUUACGUGAGGUUCUUAAAGCUCUUGUUUAUUUUCACAGCGAAGGGCACAUACAUAGAGAUGUCAAGGCUGGGAAUAUACUAAUUGAUGCUAAUGGAGCUGUUAAGCUGGCAGACUUCGGUGUGGCAGCUUGUAUGUUUGACACUGGGGAUAGGCAGCGGGCACGAAAUACAUUUGUGGGGACUCCAUGCUGGAUGGCUCCAGAAGUCAUGCAACAGUUACAUGGCUAUGAUUUCAAAGCUGAUAUUUGGUCAUUUGGCAUAACAGCUUUAGAACUUGCUCACGGACAUGCACCUUUUUCUAAGUAUCCUCCAAUGAAGGUAUUGCUUAUGACUUUACAAAAUGCACCGCCGGGUCUUGAUUAUGAAAGGGACAAGAAGUUUUCUAAGUCUUUUAAAGAGAUGGUUUCUGCAUGCUUAGUGAAGGAUCCAAAGAAGCGACCCACUUCAGAAAAGCUUAUGAAGCAUCAUUUCUUCAAACAUGGCCGUUCAAAUGAAUAUCUUGCACGAACUAUUCUUGACGGCCUUCCUCCACUUGCAGAUCGUUUUAGGGCAUUAAAGGAAAGAGAGGGUGACAUUCUUCUGAAUAGGGUUGAUGAUGAUAAAGAGCAACUUUCACAGCGUGAAUACAUCCGCGGUAUCAGUGCUUGGAAUUUUAAUCUUGAAGACUUGAAAUCCCAGGCAGCCCUUAUCCAAGAUGACGCACCCAAUUUAGAACAAUCAGAUGUGAAUCAUGAUACUAAUUAUAAAGAUGGCAAUUUUGAGAUGAUAGAUUCUGCACAGCAGAUUGGUUCCCAGGAAACAGAUGAUAUUGCUAACAUUGUCACAUCAAGGAAGGAAGAGCUCCAAGAUCUUCAAGAUAUUGAUGGUCUACUCAGCGCUGCCUUUCCUAUUCAUCCUCUUAAAGCGCUUGAAGGCUGUUUUGAUGUUUAUGGGGAUGAGUUCAAAGAUGCUAGUCCCAAGGGCCAGGUUGCUGUGCCGUCUGAUUCAGAGUUACUAUUCCCUAUGCAUCAGGGAUCACAUGAAGUCAAUUCAGAAAGUAAAAUGACCAGUGGAAAUAGUUUAGAAAGCAGCAGUUCUUUUAACAAACAUUUGGAAGUUCCUGGACGACAGAAAACUUUUAGUGGUUCUCUUUUACCAGAACACGCUCCUUCGCCUGCUAGGAAUUGUGCUUUACCUACUGAGAGGGAUGAAUCACCCCAGAAGCAUGAUUGUGAAAGGAAUUACAGUGGCCCCUUAUUAAGUCGUUAUUCCCCCAACAAUUCAUCUGUGAAUUUAAAUGAUGAAUCAUCAAAGGGACGAGUUUUUCAACGUAAGGGGCGUUUCAAGGUUACUUCAUCAGAUGUUGGAAAUAAGGUAGCUACAUUGGUCGGCCCAGUAGCUGGUUUAACUGCGAGGGCUACUUUGGAGGCUGCUACAUUUCUUCCAACUUUGCAAUUUAUAUUGCAGCAAAAUGUUGUUCAAAGGGAACAAAUAGUCAAAUUGCUCAAGCUUGUGGAAGAAUUUUCUGGUCAUCAUGCUGUGCCUUCUGGUAUGAGCGGUGGUGAGUUAUCACAGUUGGGAGUGCAGCCAUCUCUAACGGCUAUUAAGGAGCGGCAGCUACAGUCUUAUAUUCUUCAGCUGCAGCAACAGGUUGAUGAUCUUGCUGAUGAGCUACAAAGAAUUAAAUAUAAGAAUGCCCAGUUGGAACGGAAGAUAAAUUCUUUUCAGAAGGAGAUGGUAAUCAAAGAAUGUGAUGUUCAACCAGAAAGGGGGUGUUCUUAAUACUCAACGCAGAAUGAACACCAAAUCCACUUUAGUUUUUUGUAGUAGGGCCUCAGCCACCUACGUUCAUAUUCUUUUAUUUGAAUACUCUCUGUACAUUUGUAAUGUGGCUUAGGAAUGGGGGCACCCUUAUAGGGGGCAAUUUUUUUUCCCUUGUAAAUGUUUAUUAUAUAUUUGUAAUUUAUUAUUAAUGAAAUGGCUUUUGCUUUGUGCAGUUUUUUAUGAUCA